CUGUGACUCGUGUCUCAUGAUUAAUUCAUAGAUCCUUUAUUCGGUUCAUUUUUCCAGAUGAUGAUAAGUCGACAGCAAUUGUGACACUCUUUAUACAGAAUACCAUAUAUGCUUGCAUCGCAAGUAAAUUUAAUAAUCCAUUAUUGAGGUUUAAACAAAUGUUUAAACCUUUGUAACCUCAAUGAGUUUAUUCAACUCCUUUUUUUUGCAAAUAACAAAAAUUGUGAAUUUGUUGAAACCAAACCCUUGGAUCUGAAGGUCUUUUUUGUUGUUUUGAGUGAAAGGUAUACUGGGCACAAACAUAAAUUACCACUGGGAGGAAAGAUUAGUACAGCAUAUGACAGAAAUGAAAUAGCUCACGAAUGGCUCAGUAACGGCUUUGCUGGAUGUAAUGGAUUACAGUAUAGAAUGAUUAGACAGUUUGGCCCUGGAUCUUGCCUUCCAGUUCCAAUUGGAUUCACCCUCAAUUGAGGUCAACCAAGGCCAGGUGGCAGAGGACCAUUGACCGCUGGGAUUGGAGAUGCAGUUGUGAAGGAGGCAAUGGGGAAGCGAAGGAGAAAGACUUCCAGGACAUUUUGUAAAAGGGUUGGCAGGAUGAUCAUUGCUCCCUUGGUGAAAGAUUACCUAAUGGUGGCAGUUAUGUACCUAAUGAGUGUCCAGUGCACUGGCUUCAAAUCUUCAACUGCAGAGACAAAUAUAUCGGCUCAACCCAGCCCGAAUGAAACAACCUCCAUGAGGAUAUGAUAAUAAGUUACAAAAUUGAGCUGUAGUUUUUACAGCCUUCAGUUCCUGCCAUUAUUUCUCAGCGUGUUGAAUAAAGCGUCUACUGUCGUCCCACGCUGUGUUUUUAGAAGACUUUGAAGCAGGCUUGAGCUGCGUGGCUGUUACCAUGUUGGAGCAGAUUUUGGCUGAUAUGUGGAUUGAGCCGGAACUCUUGGCUGAGCUAAAUGAAGAACAAAAACAGAUCCUCUUCUUUAAGAUGAGGGAAGAGCAAGUUCGGAAAUGGAAGGUAAAAGAGGCCCUGCUGGAGAAAGAGCAGUCGCUCAAGAAGAAAUCAAAGAAAGCCAAUGGAAAGUCAGUGAAAUGGCUGCUGGGUUCAGACAAUGAUGUGUGGGUUUGGGUAAUGGGAGAACACCUUCAAGACAGAACUUACGACGAGAUCUGUGAUGACAUCAUGGCAGAGAGAGCACGCCAGCAAGCACAGCGAGAGGCAGAGGAGGUCAGGAGAAAGAACAAGGAGGAGCUGGAUAAAAGAUUUUCCAAUGCGCUGUCCCUGGAGCCCCAGAUGGACAGCUCUCUAGACAGCUGGAAGAAGGCGGCUCUUGAGGAAAAGCAAGCCAGACUAAGUGAGGCUGCUGAACAGAAGAGAACCGAAUUGGAAUUAAAGAUGAGGGAGGAAGAAGAGAGACGGCAACAUGAGGAAAAACUGAAACGAUUAGAGGAAGAGAGAACCCAGAGGAUUUAUAUGGACCUCAGGGAAGUCCAACAAUCCGUGGAGAAGAGUGAAGACAAGGAGUGGCAGGAGUCUCUGAGGAAGUCUAAGGCAGCAGAUGUGCAAAGGAGGUUUAUUGCGAAACAAGCAAGAGAUGACCACAAGCGUCACUCGCUGAAGGCUGUCAAGCAUGGUACAGUGGCGGCCAUGUCAAAGGCAUUUGGUGGUGGAAAGCCUCUUCCACCAAAACCGAAGCCAAGAAAUAACACCCACAAUGAUCAUGUGACUGGAAGUAAAGCAGGACUUCGGAGGACACUCUCUACCUCGACCCGAGAGGUCAUCAUCAGGUGGUUUAAAGAAGAGCAGAUCCCACGUCGAGCUGGUUACGAAAAGCACAGUGAGCGUAUUGCACCCUGGUUUCAUGGCAUCAUAUCGAGAGAGGAGGCAGAGGAUCUGCUCCGCUCAAAGGGGCAAGGAUCCUUUCUGAUCCGAGUCAGUGAGAAGAUUAUGGGCUAUGUGCUUUCCUACCGAUGCCAAGACAGUUUCAAACAUUUUCUCAUCGAUGCCUCUGAGGAUUCCUACUGUUUUCUUGGCGUCGAGCAGUUGGUGCAUUCAACACUGUCUGAUCUUGUUGAGUAUCACAAGGUGGAGCCAGUUUCUAUUAUGGGAAGAGAACAGCUUCUUGAACCCUGUGGACAGAUGGGGAAUUGCCUGGAUUACUCUGAUCUUUUUCAAUGACAGAUAUGUAAAACAUGCCAUGCAGGGAUUAAGGUCAAAUCACCGGCUUCUGUGGUUUUAGAAUUUUGUACUUGUGAUCAUACACUUCUCUACCAAAGUACCAUACCUGUUCUUAUAAAGUAAUCUUUUACCCGGAUGCAAAGGCUAGAGGUAAAAAAUUGUAUUUACUGUCUUCAAAAGGUAGGUUAGUGGCUUUUUACAGAGUCUGGUGGAAAUAACUAAUAUUGCAUAGUAGUUUCAUUCAUUCCAGGUUUUACUUCACGCUUGAUUAGCCACAGUCUAUAGGUAACAAGCUCGGGUGUCUUAACAUAGUAAAACCAAUAAUGGAUUAAACUACUAUGCAACAGGAGUCUUUAUUUCCAUCCCUGUUACUGUGUGAUCUACUACUAUUUUGUUUUUAAACGGCAAACUAAAAAAAAGUUGUACUGUGCAAACCAAUACGAUCAUACAUAUACAAAAUAUACGUAGGCAGUAAAAAAUAAAUAAUUAACCUGUUAAGGCCUUAAUGGUAGAAUGAAGGUUGACUCUGUAGUUCUGAAGUAUCGCAGCCAAGUAAGCUAUCUGUGUAUACAAAGGUUUCAUUUUUACUUUCGACACGUCAAUAUCGUACUGACAUUGCGUGUUAGUGUUACUUUUAUGUCAGUGCUGUUUUCUACUAAAGAAGGUUUAGUGGUGAAUACCUAUUUUAAUAUCAAUUUUGUGAUUGGUCAUGGUCAUUCAAAUGCAAUUUUAUUAAAAAAAAAAAUUAAAAUAAAAAUGGGGCAAUUUAUUGUGUACAUAAUGUAUGGUAAGUGAAGAGCACGUGUCUGAAUAACUGACUGGACUGAAAAACAAAUGUGUAUUAGAUGUGUGAUUUAAAUGAGUAAUGUUUUUAAUAUCACGAGUAUAUCAUUUAAUAAAGAUAUGAACACAA